AUGGACAUUAUCAAUAAUAAAGGCUAUGAUGAUAUUGUAUUUUCUAACCAAGAACAAAUCUAUGAUUUUUGUGAAAUACUCCGAAAUAGUUCAAAUGGCUCAAUCGAACAAUUUCAAGCAAUUCUUGAAGUAUUUGUUUGUGAUAUUCUUAAAUAUCGUAAAGAAACAAAACGAUUAGAAGAUUCAUUUAAACGUGAAAAAGAAACAAAUGAAAAAUAUUUAAGACGUAUUGAAGAAGAUCAAGAACGAGAUAUGCAUGAAUUAGAAGAGAAAAUUCGAAAAGAAGAACGGCAAAAAUUUGAAAUUGAACGUGAAUUAAUUCAACAACGUACAACAAAAGAAAUCAAUGAUUUACAAUCAAAUAUUCAACGAUUACGAACUAUUGAACAACUUUAUAUUAACCGUAAAAGUGAAGAAGAUUCUUUAAUAAUUCCAUUACGUGAAGAAAUAGCAAAAUUAAUAGAAGAAAAUCAAACAUUUAACGCAUCUUUGAAUGAAGCUUUAACAACUAAUGCUAUAUUACAAAGUGAUUUACAGUCAUUUAGAACUCAAUUAAGUGAAAGACAAACAAUGCUUUUACAAGAAAAACAAUCAUCAUCAAGUAAUUAUCGAGAAAAAGAAUCACUACAAAUAAAUGUCCGUCAUCUGGUAGAAGUUAAUAAACAGCUUCGUGAUGAAAAUGAUUCAUUACGUGCAAUGAUUGAAGCAAAUAAAUCAAAUACUACUCCUGCACAUCUUACUCUGUCACCAAGAAGAUUAUUUUCUACAACAGGUUCAACUCUGGGCUCUUAUUGGAAUGAUUCAAAACUAGGAAGGUGUCCAUCACCAUCCUAUGUAACGAUCACAAAUCAAUCUAAAUUCGAUUCAUUUGAUCUUGAAUCAGCUGAUGAUAAAGGUAUACUUAUCAAUAGAUCUCUAUCUAUUAAAAAACGAGAUAUUAACAAUUCAUCAAAACCAGUAGUACCAUUAGCACCAGCUUCCAUUAUUUGCAAUACUACGGAUGAAAAAAAUACUAUGAAUGAUAGUGGAUUGUCAUUGACAACAGUCCGAGAUGCAACUGAACUUGAAUCCGAUCAUGAAUCAAACCCGAACCAACAAACCCCAACAACGAAUUUAAAACAAUAUCGACCAUUAAUUACUAAACCAAAUAAGGCUGAUACAGAUUCAGAUGAUGUUUUUGUUGAGGUUUCAUUUGAUCGUAAUCAUCCUAAGAAGUCGUCUCAGCAACGACCAUCGAGACGACCGAUCAGUAAUACACGUUCAGCAUCAAAACCUACAACUAAUCAUUUACAAGCAAUCGUUCGAUCACCUACGACAAAACAUGGUGAUGAACAGAAUAUGAAGGAAAAUCUUCCAUUCGAUCGUAUGUUCAAAGUUGUCUUUUGUGGUGAUGCAGCUGUUGGUAAAACUACACUAAUCAUGCGUUUGUGUAAAAACAAAUUUGUAUCAAAUAUUAAUUCAACAUUGGGUGUUGAUUUUCAAAAUAAACAAAUUGAAGUUGAUGGUAAACAUGUAGCUCUUCAAUUAUGGGAUACUGCUGGACAAGAAAGAUUCCGUAGCAUUGCAAAAUCGUAUUUUCGUCGAUGUGAUGGUGUUAUACUUGUUUAUGAUUCAACAUAUGAACGAUCAUUUUUAAAUGUUCGAGAAUGGAUUAAUACAAUAACAGAUUCAACACCAAAAAGAGUAUCUGUUAUGAUUGUUGCAAACAAAAUUGAUUUAAGAGAUCAAAUGCGAGCGGAAGGUAAACGUGUUAUUGAAAAAAUUGAAGGUUUAAAAUUAGCUAAAGAAUAUAAAGCAUUAUUUAUUGAAACGAGUGCAAAAGAUGGUACAAAUUCCAACGAAGCACUUGCUGAAUUAGCUCGAGAUAUGCAAUGCAAUGAAGAUUUGGAACGUUUUCGUACAGCAGGAAUUGAUUUGGAUAAAACAACGAAAAAAUCUGCUUGCUGUGGUGUCAAAACUUAA